UCUUCUCUUCUGCUCUGCUCUGCUCUACUAGACCUAUACCCUAUACCCUAAUUCCCAUCGCCCGCGACCUGUAAACCGUCCGGCACCUUCCCCCCAUAUUCACAAUGGCAUCAAAGUUUCUCCGAGAAUACAAGCUGGUAGUAGUCGGCGGCGGCGGAGUCGGAAAGUCGUGUUUGACUAUCCAGCUGAUCCAGAGCCAUUUCGUAGACGAGUACGACCCGACUAUCGAGGACUCGUACCGCAAGCAGUGCGUCAUCGACGACGAGGUUGCGCUGCUCGAUGUGCUCGACACAGCCGGACAGGAGGAGUACUCGGCCAUGCGUGAGCAGUACAUGCGCACAGGAGAGGGCUUCCUGCUCGUCUACUCGAUAACCGACAGGCAGAGCUUCGAGGAGAUUAUGACUUUCCAGCAACAAAUCCUGAGAGUAAAGGACAAGGACUACUUCCCCAUGAUCGUCGUUGGCAACAAGUGCGAUCUCGACGGCGAGAGGCAGGUCUCGACACAAGAGGGCCAGACUCUGGCGCGCAACUUUGGCUGCAAAUUCAUUGAGACGUCGGCCAAAUCCCGCAUCAACGUGGACAACGCCUUCUACGACAUCGUACGCGAGAUCCGCAGAUACAACAAGGAAAUGUCAUCCUACACAGGUGCCCCUGGCUCAAACGGAAAUGGCCCCACAAAGCAGACAUUUGACACCGAUGACCAGGCGGAGAAGAAGGGCUGCUGUGGAUGCACAGUCAUGUAAGGACACGGAAGCCAUGAUUCUUGUUGUGGAGAGAUACCUACACCGCUGGGUUCGGUCGACCGCCCUGGCCAUUGGCGGUGCUGCUUGGGCCAGCAGAAGAAAACACGCGACGCUACUGUUACGUACUGUCAGCCCACCUUCGUCUACGAAGGCCUGUCGUUCAAACACCUCUUCUUUUCGAUACUGUCACUUAGGGUUCGCAUUACGGGCUAACGGAUUCACGUCUGCUGGAUGCG